CGACGCGAUCGACGCGCGCGCGCGCGUCGACCGAGGACGACGGUCCGGCGACGUCGCGACGCGCGGCGACGCUGAGGAAUGAGGGCGCUCGCGGCGCUCGAGCGACGAAGCGACGCGAAGGGCGCGAAGCGAGUGCUGCGAUUGGAGAUCGGACAGCCGGGAUUCGCGACGCCGGCGCGCGUGUGCGACGCGGCGGUGCGAGCGAUCGAGGGAGGGGAGACGAAGUACGCGGCGCCGAGCGGCGCGCCGAGGCUGCGCGAAGCCGUCGCGGAGUAUCUCGUGAGAACGCGAGGCGUGGCGUACGAGGCGGAAAACGUGGUCGUGGGACCGGGCGCGAAGCCGGGGCUGUUUUUGCCGACGCUCGCGUGUUGCGAUCCGGGAGAUGAGGUGGUGUAUCCGGAUCCCGGAUUUCCGACGUACGCGGCGAUGUGCGCGGCGGCGGGCGCGACGCCGAGACCGGUGCCUCUGCGGAGCGAUGGCGCGAGUUUCGACAUGGCGGCGCUGGAGGCGAGCGUGAACGAGAAGACGAAGAUGAUCGUGAUCAAUUCUCCGGGGAAUCCGACCGGUGGGGUGAUGCCGAGAGAGGACGUGGCGGCGGUCGCGCGGCUGGCGAAAAAGUUCAACUGUUGGGUGAUGAGCGAUGAAAUAUAUUCGCGAUUGAUUUACGACGACGAGGAGGAGGGGGGGGAGAACGACGAGAAGAUAUUCAGCAUCUGUGCCUUGGAUGGGAUGAAGGAGCGCACGAUUUUAGUCGACGGCUUCAGCAAGACCUAUUGCAUGACCGGGUGGCGUCUCGGCUGGGUGGCGUGCCCGAAACAUCUCGCCGAGAAGAUCAAACUUCUCACCGUACACAGCGUUGGCUGCGUCGCUGCGUUCACGCAAAUCGCCGGCGUCGAGGCGCUCACGGGCCCUCAAGACUCGGUGAAGGCGAUGCGAGACGAAUAUCGCGUCCGACGCGACUUCGUCGUCGACGCCCUCAACGACAUCCCCGGCAUCUCCUGUCCCGUGCCCAAGGGCGCUUUUUACGCCUUCCCGUCUUUUGACUUCCCCGACGUCACCGCCCAAGAGCUCGCGGAUUACCUCUUAGAGGACGCCCGCGUCGCGCUCUUGCCCGGCACCGACUUCGGCGCCGCGGGCGAGCGUCACUUGCGACUCUCCUACGUCGGCGAGCUCUCCGAUCUCCGCGAAGCCAUGGCGCGGAUCAAGACGUCUCUGGCCAAGCGCUUUCCCGACUUCGUUUAA